AUGUUAAGAUCCACUCUUAGCAGUUGGAGAGAGUAUCUAACACCAGUAAGCCAUAAAUCUACAUUCCUCUCGACGGGUCAGGUCACUCCAGAAGAGUUUGUAGAGGCAGGAGACUAUCUUUGCCACAUGUUUCCAACAUGGUCAUGGAAUGAGACAAGCAACGAUAUUGUGUACAAAGAAUUUUUGCCUAAGGAUAAACAAUUUCUGGUUAGUCGAAAAGUUCCCUGCGGUGAGAGAGCCCAAGGUAUUAUAGGAGCCCUUUCACAAGCCAAGGAGUCGGAGUUUUUUGAUGACUACAACGAUAAGAAUUCUACCGAUGAAGGAUGGUUGCUCGAAGGAGAAGGCCUCAGCUCGACAAAGGAGGCAGGCUUUGAUUCCACGAGUGCAGAAAUAAAUGAUAUUGAUGAGAUGAUGAAAGAGAUGGAGAUUGAAGGCGAUAACGACGACACUGUAGACCUUCCUGUGAAAGAAGGUGAAAGAUAUUAUGAUUUAUAUAUAACGUACUCUACGUCGUAUCGAGUACCCAAGAUGUACAUCGUUGGAUUCAGCGGCAGUGGUGCUCCAUUGACACCAAAUCAAAUGUUUGAGGAUAUUGCUCCGGAUUAUAGAACAAAGACUGCCACAAUUGAGAAAUUACCUUUUUAUAAAAGCUCAACACUUUCGGUAUCCAUCCAUCCCUGUAAACACGCCAACGUUAUGAAAAUAUUGCUAGAUAAGGUGCGCAUUGUCAAGCGGAGAAGAAGAAAGGAACAAGAGCAAGUGCAAAGCCAGCAUAAUGACGACUGGGAAGAUCUGCAAAACGAUUUUGAUGACUCAUUGCGUGUUGAUCAAUAUCUAGUCGUUUUCUUAAAAUUCAUAACGAGUGUUACACCGAGUAUAGAACACGACUACACCAUGGAGGGGUGGUGA